AUGUCGGCCGGAGUCCCGCACUCCUGGCAAGCUCACCCAAGCCAAACAGGUCGAAGGGUAGAGGCCAGACUAAGAGUGAUCCCAAACCUGCACCUGGGGACUUGCAUAGGCGGAGUCCAACAGACCGGACUACCGGACGCCCCCUGCAACUCCUGCCAGGAGAAGGUCGUCAUGGGUUCCCUCAUGCCACUGGAGGUUCACCUGGUAGGAGUGAAGAAGGUGGAAGUUACACCAUACCUUUACGCAAGCUUCUUGGCCGUGGAAAAGAAACAUCUUUGGUGGACUGGACACACCACCUGCAUGCUUGACCACCGCCUGCCCCGCCAAGUCCUCUUCGGCCAACUGAGAUGUGCAAAGCGCUCUGCCGCGGAGCAAAAGCGGCACCUUCUGGACUACACAAGGGACCUCCUGAAGCGAGCCAACAUCAACACCACGCCGCUUGAAACUCUGGCAGUCGACAGAUCAGCCUGGCAAGAGAAGAGGAAAAACAAAAAAAGCUUCACUUUUGUUUUCGCGGCCCGGGCCGAGGAGCAGCGGCGGCACCACGACAUCCUGCCGUACAUCGACGACUCGCCUUCUUCCUCACCUCACUUGAGCUCCAAGAGUCGAAGCAGUCGGGACACCCUCUCCUCGGGAUCGCUGGAGUCCGCAAAGUCGGCGGAAUGUGACGUGGAGAAAGGUUUGGAAAUGAGGAAGUGGGUUCUGUCUGGGAUUUUGGCCAGUGAAGAAACAUACCUCAGUCACCUGGAGGCACUGCUACUGCCCAUGAAGCCUUUGAAAGCGGCGGCCACAACGUCGCAGCCCGUGCUCUCCGUGUCCCAGAUCGAGACCAUCUUCUUCAAAGUGCCUGAGCUCUACGAGAUCCACAAGGAGUUCUACGAUGGACUCCUGCCCCGCGUCCAGCAAUGGGGCCACCACCAGAGAGUCGGGGAUCUUUUCCAAAAACUGGCCAGCCAGUUAGGAGUUUACAGGGCGUUUGUGGACAACUACGAGCUGGCGGUGGAGACGGCCGAAAAGUGCUGCCAAGCCAACACGCAAUUUUCCGAAAUCUCUGAGAAUUUAAAAGUGAGAAGCCCCAAAGACUGCAAGGAGCCGACAGCCAAGAACUCCCUCGAGGCUUUGCUUUACAAACCAGUGGACAGGGUGACCCGCAGCACGCUGGUGCUUCAUGACUUGCUCAAGCACACUCCCACAAGCCACCCAGACCACCCGCUUCUCCAGGACGCUCUGCGCAUCUCCCAGAAUUUCCUAUCGAGCAUCAACGAGGAGUCCACGCCCCGCCGCCAGCUGAUGACUGUCAAGAAGGGCGAGAAUCGCCAGCUACUGAAGGACAGCUUCAUGGUCGAGCUGGUGGAGGGAGCCAGGAAACUGCGACACGUCUUCCUCUUCACCGACUUGCUGCUGUGCGCCAAACUGAAAAAACAAAUUGCAGGUAAAAACCAACAAUAUGACAGCAAGUGGUACAUCCCGUUAAGCGAGCUCACCUUCCAGGGCCCGGACGAGACCGAACCCCUCACUAUCCCACAGGUCCCAGACGAAGAGCUGGAUGCCAUGAAGGUGAAGAUCUCACAACUGCGCAGUGAGAUCCAAAGAGAAAAGAGAGCCAACAAAGGUUCAAAGGUCAUAGACCGCCUCAGGAAGAAGCUGUCCGAGCAGGAAUCGCUGCUGCUCUUAACAUCUCCGAGCAUGCACCUCAGAGUCUACAACAAGAGUGGCAAGAGCUACAGCUUCCUCAUUUCAUCCGAUUAUGAGCGCGCCGAAUGGAAAGAGCUCAUCAAAGAGCAGCAGAAGAAAUGUUUUAAAGCCGUCUCCUUAACGUCCAUGGAGCUCCAAAUGUUGACCAACUCCUGUGUCAAGCUCCAAACGGUCCAUCACAUCCCACUUAGUAUCAAUAAAGAAGAGGAAGAAGCCCCGGGUCUCUGCGGGUUCCUGAAUGUAAUCGUCCACUCCGCCUGUGGCCUCAAACAGAGCUUGAAUCUCUAUUGCACAUUGGAGGUGGAUUCUUUCGGCUUCUUUUCGAAUAAAGCCAAGACGAGAGUGUAUCGAUACACCACUGAACCCAAAUGGAAUGAGGAGUUUGAGAUCGAGCUGGAGGGCUCGCAGACCCUGCGGCUGCUCUGCUAUGAGAAGUGCUACAAUAAGAGCAAGCAGAACAAAGAGGACGGCGAGAGCGUGGACCGCAUCAUGGGGAAAGGACAGAUCCCGCUGGACCCACAGGCUCUCCAAGGAAAAGACUGGCAAAGGACUGUCAUUCCAAUGAACGGGAUUGAGGUCAAACUGUCCAUGAAGUUCACCAGCCGCGAGUUCAGCCUGAAGAGAAUGCCCUCGCGGAAACCCAUGGGUGUGUUCGGAGUCAAGAUCUCCACUGUGACCAAACGAGAGCGUUCCAAGGUGCCCUACAUAGUCCGGCAGUGCCUGGAGGAAAUCGAGAGGAGGGGAAUGGAGGAGGUGGGCAUCUAUCGAGUGUCAGGAGUGGCCACCGAUAUUCAGGCCCUCAAGACAGCUUUUGACACCAAUCACAAAGACGUCUCUGUGAUGAUGAGCGAGAUGGACGUCAACGCGAUCGCCGGCACCUUGAAGUUGUACUUCCGAGAGCUGCCGGAGCCGCUCUUCACCGAUGAGCUCUACCCCAAUUUUGCCGGCGGCAUCACUCUGUCUGAUAGCGUUGCCAAGGAGAGCUGCAUGUUGAACCUACUGCUGUCGCUACCGGAGCCGAACUUGGUCACCUUCCUUUUCCUUUUGGAUCACCUGAAGAGGGUGGCAGAGAAAGAAAGCGUCAACAAGAUGUCCCUCCACAACCUGGCCACUGUGUUUGGCCCGACUCUGUUGAGGCCCGCCGAAAAGGACAGUAAGAUCCCGACCAACCCCACCCAGCCCAUCAGCAUGGGGGACAGCUGGUCCCUGGAGGUCAUGGCACAGGUCCAGGUGCUGCUGUAUUUCCUCCAGUUGGAGACGAUCCCCACUCCAGACAGCAAACGACAGAGCAUCCUUUUCUCCACGGAGGUAUAGAGAAAACUUUGUUGACCUUGACCGUGAUGGAGCGACGGACCGGAAGGACGUGUGGCUCCGAGUCAGCUUUGCUGUAGUACGUUUUUGAAUUGACUACAUCCCGCACCGCUCGCACAGCCUUGUGAAGGAUUUUUUUUUUAACCUAACCACAAGAGGAUGCCAUUGAGCCUUUAAACCCGAGCCUCCGAGCGUCCAUACAUUCUUGGGAAUCCCAUUUUCUUCCAUCUACAUUCCUGUAUUUUUCUCCAUAUUAGUCACAGGAAAAGAAAAUCUUGGAAUGGCUUGUUUUUUUAUUUGGUGGGGGUGGGGUCAAUUGUCAGACAAUGGUCAAAACCUUGACAAAAUGUGGCCGUCCAUCUCAAACUUUUCCAGACUUCAUCUCAGCAUAUUUUUUUCCCCCCAAAAGGAUGACAGGAAUCAAGAAUUGAACACAACUGUCGAGUUUUGCCAAGCCUACAGUAGUCCUCCACUCGUUGUACUGUAGCUGAAGUCCAAGGCAGCAACUUGAAUGACUUUGCGAAGGAAGAUGAUGAUGUGAAACUGUAUUCCUAAUGGACCACAAUUUCACUGCCUGCGGUUUUGUGUCCAACCACAAAGGCACGUUAUCUCUACUUGUGUCUCCCAGUUAGCUUAAAUAUCCGGGAAGCAAUAUAUUUUCUAUCACGCAAAUUUUCCCUCCUUGUCACAUUGGACUUCCUCGUCAAAUGUUGCCCAUGUGUUUCUUGUUGUACAUAAUCUUCAAGUUUUUCUUUUCACGGGUAUGAUCUUCAGUUGUGAAAUGUAAUUUAUUGCAGGGUCCUGGAGAAGAGAUUUUUUUUUUCUAUGUGUACAUGAAGCGGUUUGAUGUCGGCGGGCUGCUGUGAAGAAGCAGGAAUUUAGCCUCGUUUGUUUGUUUGUUUGUUUUUUGAUUUUUUUUUAUACUGCCGUUCUGUGCAGCCUUUUGGCGGGUGCAACGUCGUGACAUUCACAUCCCAAAUGACGUCGACUUUUUUUUCAUCGUCUCAUUUAUGGUGGUAGAAGCGCAUGUCACAGUUUUCCGGGUCCAUUUUCGUUGGGUCACAGGCUACCUGUACGAUUGAGAAGCGGAUUCACUUUUAAAACUGAUGUGGUAAAUAGUUUUUCAUGAUAAAACACGGUGAAUGUAUGUGUGGAUCAAAAAUGAAACUCUGCGCCGUUACGGCAUUGUUAAAUAACGUGAACAAGUGUGUAGAGGCGAAUCUUGGAGACAUCUCGUCGCUGGUCGGGUGAAAUCUUUACAUCUCCAAAAUGACUACGUGUCAGUCAUUGACUCAGUUUAACAUGCGGAAAUGAAUCCACGUACAAACUUACACCGGGAAAAAAAAAGUCCCUGACGGGUUAAAAAGCCAUUUAAAAUAGAUCUACAAUUUUAUUUUAGAUAAAAAAUGUUUUUUUCUUGUAUUAGACCCUGGCACUAAAAUGUCACUGUAGUAAGUCCAUGCAUGCAGGCAUGUUCUUUAUUAUGUUGUACUUAACAAGCCCAUUCCAUGAC